AAAUUUAGAUUGCCGACAUACACAAACUACCUGGAUAUAUUUUGUUAUAAAUAGAAUACAAUGGUUGUUUCUGUGUGAACAGACGAAAAAAGGGGGAAUUAUCAGAAAUCGGCAGAAAGGACAAACCAGCCAAUAGUACCCCAAAAGGACGUUCUUGGGAAGGCAUGGCUAUUCCAAUAGAGAAUAAUAAUGGCAUCCGAAUUAUAAGUGUUGGACAAACAGGCAGAGGGAAAAGUGAAAUGUGUAAAGCAAUAUUAGGCAUUCGGAAAUUAAACAACGAUUGCUCAAUACCUGGUAUGGAUGCAUGCAAGCAUCAUUCACGAUUACAAAAUGCAAAUCGAUACGGGACGGCCAUUACCAUAGUAGAUACUCCUGGAAUUAGAGACAUGGCAGAUGUAUCAGAGACAAGUAAAAAGAUUAAAACAGAGCUAAAGUUGUGUCAACAGCAUGUUGCAGUUUUCUACACAGUAUAUAAAACAAUGACUGAAAUCGACAAAAUUUGUGUGGAACGAAUUAGGCGAAACAUGGAUUGUAUUACACGCAGAAAAAUGUUUCUUGUGUUGACUGACUUCAUAGACAUCAACGAUGAUGAAAACAGCAGAUACACUAAGUCAAAAGUAGCCGUUCUUCGGUUAAACAGCAAGCUUCAAGAUAACGAAGAUGCUGAACUCCAAAUUAAAACCAUAAUAAGGAAGAUACAAAUUCGAGAAAAUUUGAUGAAAAGGUACUCUGCAGUAGUCGUCGUACCCGUAUUUAAAUCUACGACAUUUCUAUUGAUUCUUUGUAUGGUAUUAUUGCAAGAAGCGAGAGCCAACAACACAACCAAACCUCGAAUAAUUUUAUAUGAAACAGAACUGAUUCAGUGGAAACUAAUGACUAAACCUGUAUACUUUGGGGGAAAUGUUGAUCUUGAGUGCACAAUUAAGACAGAGGACACUUCUGCACCUAUGGCAUGGGUUAGAAUACCAAAUGGUGAAGCAAUUGCAUACAAUAAAAUUCCUGCAAACAGACAAAAGUAUGGAAUAACUGUCAAAUAUAUCGAAAAAACAAUGAUAUACAAUCUUACAAUCAAACAGUUUGAUUCAACAGACAUAAAUCGAGUUUACAGAUGUGACUUCGGAUUCCAAUCUUACGCUGAUGAACUUUUGCUCAACGACAAAAAUUUCAUUUCAAAACCCACAGAAAAAGAUGUUGAGUAUAAUUUCAAUUUAGUGGGUAAAAUAUUGGUUGGACUAGUGAUGAUUUAUAAUGGAUAUCCUAAACCUGUCUGCACGAUACUAUUUGAGGGAGAACACAUUUUGGACAGUGUGAUCAUCAAUGAUAAAAACACUUCAAUAUUCUAUGAUACACGAAUAAAAGUCAAAUACAAUACCAAUUUGUGUAGAGGCAAUGUCAACGUAUCAUGCAGUUAUGUGGAUAAAAAAGUGAAUAUCGAACAACACGUGGAUGCUUGCUCAGAUUCAUCCAUUCAACGCCACAAAGGGUUCAAUGCAACUAUUCCAGCAAUUUCAGCAGGAGUACUGCUCCCAGUCGUUGUUUGUGUUGUCCUCUUCCUUUUGUAUAGAUCCAGACGAUCACAAAAUAAUGGCAAUCAACAAUUCGACGUAGAACCUAGAAUAAGACAGCCUGUUUCCGAAGAAAGCCACCAUAUGUUGGAACUAUGAAGCUAAAAACGUUUUCUGUUUGAUUAUAUUUUAUGAUUAACUAUACUGUCUGUAACUAUGACUUGUUUACGUGAAAAUAAAUAAAACGGAAGAUCUGUUAAAAUGGAAGAAGGGAAUAACUAUGAACAAUUUUUCAUGGAUAAUGAUCUAUUCCUCAAAAAAUAUCUGAAAUGCCGGUUUAUCAGGUUAUUUUUUUUCAAAUCUUCAAUAUACUUUUGCCUAUAUAAAUAAAUUGCGGUUCUAAUAUAUAGACGAG